GAUCUACUGCGUCGGUUACUACACUGGGAACACCAUCAAACAACACCCUGGCUGAACAGCACAAACCGACGCGCAGCGGCAUGAGCACCACACCGAAGGCAUCGAAUAUCGGCUUCUUCAAACGCUUUCACAGUCAAACAAUGCAAACGGAUACCGCUGGAGCACCUCCCCAACGUCAGCCCACGACGCCGCGUACACUCGUAGAACAGACGAGCGACAGACACACAGCACUACACGCAACAAGAGAUAAAACGAAAUGCCAGCCGGCAGUUCAAAUUGACUAUAAAACUCUUGGUGUGCAAUCACGUCAGGAUGACCAUAACAUACUAAGCGGCCAAAGUGCUUCAAUGCCCGACAGGAAAGCGAACACUCAGACCACGGACAUGAUAGAGGCGACCAACUUCGCUGUCCGCCACAGAUCAAUGUCCAUGCCAACACCUCCCAGCAUAACCCUGAACAGGCCACAUGCCCCAAACCCAACCCACCACCACUCAGAAAUAGAGCGUCAAACCCCAACCUCGAACGACGAAGCACCACCGCCGUCUUCCCUUCCCAGCGAAGACUCAUCCACAUCCUCACCUGAGCACAGUCCAUUACCAUCGCCAACUUACUCGCAAUAUUCGGCGAUGCCGAAUGAGGACGCAGACGCUAGCACAGCAGCAGGAGCGUCGCACAGAGAGGAACCGAACCCAAGACGACCGCACCAUGAAACCGAGGACGACGCAUUCGCGUUCGCAGCGGACAUCCUCAGAUCGAUAGAACCCGAAGACUUGCGAAACCAAGAGCAGGAAGAAGGAGGCAUUUCACUCGACCCAACACAGCGAAGUGAGACCUGCACAGGACGGUUGGCAAGAGCAGCAUCCAUCAGCCCAGAACCAUCCACUGGACGCGAUCCGUCCCAGGGAAGCUACACCAACAUUAGCGACACUACUGGAGAGCCCAGCAGCCUGGCUCAUGCAUCCGAAGAUGACGAAAGCGACGGACUCGAAACGGCCAGCGAGGCUAGCAACAGCUACCAGUCCUCCGUUCACACUACCUCACAAGAGGCACAUGAACCGGAAGACGAUCUUCAGGG